AUGCAGAUUCAGGUCACUACAAACAAUCAGAACACUCAGGUCAUAAAUGACUUGCGGGGCACCAUCAAUAAGAUGAGCACGACAUUGAGCACUCUAGAGAAAGGGAAAUUCCCAUCACAGCCUCAGCCUAAUCCUCAAGUAUAUCGAAAACAACAACAGCAAGUGCAUAAUGUCUUAGGGAAGGUUUUUGAGACAGCGAAGGCCGUUCUUACUUUGAGAAGUGGAAAGGAAGUUCCCCAACCAGAGAUGACCAUUGACAAACAGGUAGUUGCUCCUACACCUGAAGAUGUAACAGAGACUGAUGAAGCUGAAAAAGAACCAGAGGUAGUGAGACCAGAGUCGAAGAAGCCUAUGAGUGCAGAUGCUAAAACUAGUAGGGGGUACCAACCUGUGGUUCCCUAUCCUCAGAAAUUGGCAUCUAGCCAAAAGAAUAAAUACCACACCGAGAUUCAGGAGAUCUUCAAGCAAGAUUUGUGCACAGUGAAAAGGAAGUUGAAUGUAAAGAAGAAAGUUUUCCCAACGAAGCAAGUCAGCGCAUUGAUAUUGAGCGAGACUCCUCAGAAGUUUGGAGAUCCCGGCUCUCCCCACAUUUUCAUUAUGAUUGGUGAGUCAUGCAUUGGGAGAGCUCUACUUGAUUUGGGGAGUAGUGUGAACUUGCUACCGUUCUCAGUGUAUGAGCAGUUGGGAUUAGGUGAGCUAAAAAAGACCUCUAUCAAGCUACAGUUAGCUGACAGAUUAGUUAAGAUGCCGAGGGGUAUUGUUGAGAAUGUGUUGGUACAGCAGCCAACCACUACUAUUUACCAGGCGCUUGUCAUCUUUGGGCGCCCAUUCCUUUCUACCUCCAAUACACUGAUAAAUUGUCGAAGUGGAAUGCUGAAACUCACAUUCGAGAAUAUGACAUUGGAAAUAAAUGUAUUCAAUACUUGCAAGAUGCCUGGUGAUUGCGACGAAUCAGAGGUGCAUGCUGUUGAAGAAGCCGAAAUUUUGAUGGAAGGGGCCGUACAUUAUAAAGAAGGUUCAUCCUCACGGGGUGGUAGACAUUGUCAACCGAAGAAUGGAAAUAGCUUCACUGUUAAUGGACAACGUCUAAAGCCAUUUCUGAAGGUCUUUGAUCCACACGAAGAGAUCUUGCUUGUGCAAGAUUCCAGGAAAGUUUUUUGA